AUGACAAUAAUAAAUACAUCAAAUUCAUCAUCAAUCAUUAUUUUAAUUUUAAUUGGAAUUUGUCUUAGUCUUAUUGCAUUAAUAACUGCACUUGGAAAUAUAAUUGUACUUUUAGCUUUUUAUUGUGACAAAAACUUGCGAACAAUCAAUGAUUAUUUUAUAUUAAAUAUGGCAAUAGCGGAUUUUCUUGUUGGCUCUUUCUGUAUUCCAUUUUAUAUUCCAUUCAGUAUAACACAAUUAUGGCCAUUUGGAAGUCUUUUUUGUAAAAUAUGGGUUACAAUUGAUGAUGUUGCAACAAUGACUAGUGUUCUUAAUAUAGUAGCAAUUAGUAUUAAUCGUUAUUGGUCAAUAGCUUAUCCUAUAUCAUAUCGAAAAUAUGUGAAACAACAUUUUGUUUAUUUAGUAAUGGGAGCUAUAUGGUGUUUUUCUUUUAUUAAUUUUGCUCCGGGUAUUUGGUUAUUAAGUUUAUUUAAUAAUAAUAAUAAUAUAACACGUAGUGAUUGUUCAGGUGAUUAUAAUCGUUCAUUUGUAUAUAUGUUAAUAGCACAAUUCAAUUAUUUUAUUUGGCCAUUUAUUGUUUUAUGUGUUCUUAAUAUGUUAAUAAUGUUAAAUUUAUGGAAACGAAGUCGAAAAAUGAAUCGUCUUAUGUCAUUUAAUCAAUAUGCAAAACAUCGAGAACGAAAUAUUGGUUCAUCAUCAUUAGUAACAAGUAAAGAUAUAGAAGAUGAUCAACAUUUACCAUCACUUAUUUCUUCGUAUUCAAUAAUUAUUCAAAAACAAUCUUCAACUAUUACAAAUUCAUCUGUAAAUCGUUGUUAUUAUAGAAAUAAAAAAGAUUCAAAAGAAACUUGUAAAUCAUUAUCAAUGUCAUAUUUAUCAAGAAAAUGUGCAAAUGUUAAUUUUUCUCCUUCAUAUGAUUAUCGUAGUGAUUCAUUAAUUGACUAUCGAAUUGAAAGUGAAACUAAAAUAUCAAGAUCGAUAAUAAAUGAAUUACGUUCACAAAAUCAUUUAAAUAAUAAAAAAUAUAAAAGAUAUCGUCAAUGUGAUUCAAGAAUUAUUCGCGAUCGUAAAGCAGCACGUUCUUUAUUUAUUCUUGUUAUUGUUUUUCUUAUAUUUUUAUUUCCAUAUGUUAUUUGUGCAAUAGCUAUAACAGCUGAUGUAAAUAUAUCUGGAAUUAUAUUUGAAAUAUCAUUUUGGCUUUUAUGGUUAAAUUCAACAUGUAAUCCAUUUCUUUAUCCAUUUAUACAAAUAAAAUAUCGACGUGCUUAUUUGAAAUUAUAUCAAUCUUGCUUAAAAUAUUUUACAUUUUCACGAUCAAAUCAUUCUUUUUAA